GUGGUUUGUGAGAUCACACAUAAUUUCCUAGUCAUUUUUCACACACAACGCUCUCAACAUCACAUGAAGAGAGUAACACACUGUCCGUCAGUGCUAGUGUUUGAUUCUCAUCACCAGAGACAUAUAACUUUACUCUCCAAUGAGAGAAGAGAGCAGGAUUCACAGUAUUACUGAGAUCUGACUUCAAGACAACAUUUGAGGAACUUUUUCUGAAUUCAACCGAUGAAGAAAUGAAGUUCACAUUCAUGAUUUCUGGGUUUCUACUGAUGGUGAGCAGUUCAGUGCCUGUGGAGAUUAUAGUGAGAGGAACAGAAGGAGAACAAGUGUUUCUGAAUUGUCCUUAUGCUGAAGGAUAUGAAAACUCCAACAAAUACUUCUAUAAAGGACCUUACAGAGAGAGGAAUCUCCUCCUAAAAUCAGCUGGAGGACAGUCAUCAGUGUCUGAAGGCAGAUUCUCUCUGCGGGACGAUCAUCAGAAGAGAUUAUUUACACUGAUCAUCAGAAACCUGAGUCUGACAGAUGCUGGGGAGUACUGGUGUGGAGCUGGAUGGACCAGAGAAUAUAAAAACAUCAAGCUGAAUGUGAUCAGAGUGAGCAGUUCAGUGCCUGUGGAGAUUAUAGUGAGAGGAACAGAAGGAGAACAAGUGUUUCUGAAUUGUCCUUAUGCUGAAGGAUAUGAAAACUCCAACAAAUACUUCUAUAAAGGACCUUACAGAGAGAGGAAUCUCCUCCUAAAAUCAGCUGGAGGACAGUCAUCAGUGUCUGAAGGCAGAUUCUCUCUGCGGGACGAUCAUCAGAAGAGAUUAUUUACACUGAUCAUCAGAAACCUGAGUCUGACAGAUGCUGGGGAGUACUGGUGUGGAGCUGGAUGGACCGGAGAAUAUAAAAACAUCAAGCUGAAUGUGAUCAGAGCUCCACAGAAAACAAGACCUGACCAGAUCUCAACCAGCACCCUUCACUCGUACACACACACCAGCACAGUGACACCUCGAACAGGAAGUGAAACGACAAGAACAAUGACAGGAAGUACUGCAGUUCAACACGAUCAGCCAAAUACUGAGCGCACAAACUACACUACCCAUGAUGCAACAGUCCCAGUACCAGUUUUAUCAUAUGGUCUGUCUUCUGUUGCUGGCGGUCUGGGUUCGGUUCUGCUGGUUCUGGUUCUGUGUUCUGGAAUGUUCCUCGUCCUCAAAAAGAGGAAGAGGAAAUCUGGGACAGCUUUAUUUCAGCAAAAUGUGCAACACAAUACAGAGGCUGAGCUUAUGUAUGAGGAGAUUCCAAACAGUGAUGUCAUCACUGCAACAUCUUUGUCCAAUCAGACGCCUGCAUCACACCUCAACACCCGCCCACAAGACUCUGCUGUUUAUGCCACAGUAACCAAUCAGCAGCCUGAUUCAAACCCCAGUUACAUCCACUCGACCAAUCAGGUGACGGAUACAGACUGUGAUUAUUAUGCUAAUAUGAAGCCGCCUGAACCAACAACAGACAACAGAACAGAACUGAUCUACUCAACAGUGACAUGUCCACAAAACAUCAAGACUAACGACGGCCCGAUAUAUUCCCUGAUCAAACAUAAAUAAUAAAAGACUGACAAGACUUCUCCAACACACAUCUGCACUGAUGUGAAAAAAAAUAAAAUAA